CUGACUAUAAGGGGCAGAAGAAGACGCGCGUCACGUGACUUCCGCUCGAGGCCUCGCGCCGAGUGUUUGUGAAUCCAUGAGCGAACUUUAGCUUUAAAGCUUCUCUUCAGCGUCGCUUCGGUUCUGGAGUCCCGCGAUGUCUUCUGGGUCACCGUGUGUGAACAGCCGGUGGGACCGGCGUGAGACGGGCGUUGCGAGCGAGGUGUGUGUGUCCCGCGGCUCACAGGAUGUGUCUGGAGCUCCUCAGGGAGGCGUGGAGAUGGCUGCAGCGAUGGCGGCUAAAAUCAACGCCAUGCUGAUGGCCAAAGGCAAACUGAAGCCCCUACAGCCGCUGCCCAGUAAAGCACCGCCCGCUGCUCCUCUGGUCUCUGCUGAGGAGAUCGUCGUGGCUGAAGUCGACAUAAAUGAUGUAGCGAUGGAGUGCAGGAACCUGCUGACUAGAGGCAAAACUCAAGAUGAGAUCAGUCAGCUGAGCGGAGCGCUGGUGUCCACUAAAGGCCUGUACAUGAGUGACACAGACAGAAGCAGCAGCACAGGGGUGAGACCGCUGUAUCUUCAUGUUCAAGGCCGCUCUCAGGAGAACGUCAACAAGGCAGUGGCCAGAAUAAAGGAGAUCAUCUCCGAGGAUGUUCUGCGCUCGUCGGGUGGACAGCAGCCCGCCGUGAUGCCCACCGUCCCCGUGUACCGCCAGACCCUCAGCGCGGCCCCUGGACACAAACCGGCCCCGCUGCACACGGGGAGUUUUGUGCACACUAAGAUCUUUGUAGGCCUGGAGCAAUCUCAUCCGUCCUUCACCGUGAGAGAGCGUGUGGAGGGUCCGUCCGGCUCGUACCUGCAGCACAUUCAGUCUGAGACCGGCGCUCGGGUCUUCCUCCGAGGAAGAGGCUCCGGCUACAUCGAGCAGGCGUCCCGCCGAGAGUCCUUCGAGCCGCUCUACCUGUACAUCAGCCACCCAAAUGCCGCAGGCCUGGAUGCAGCCAAGAAGCUGUGCGAGAAUCUCCUGGACACGGUGCGGGCAGAACACACACGGAUCAUGUCGUCGUAUUCUUCCUCAUCUUCUGCUCCAGUUUACUCCACACACUCGGCAUACUCUGCAAAUAACAGCUACGGUGGUCAGUCGUGGUACGGCUACCCGAGCUCCUAUCCCACGUACCCCGGUGCCUUCUGGGAAAACUCCAGCGCAGUGAGCAGCCAAUCACAGCAGAGCAGCGGCGCGGUGCAGUAUCCAGUCUGCAAACAGAGCGGCUUCCAGCUGCAGGGUGAGGAUGCAGACAGCUGCUCCAGUCCAAAGCAACACUCUGAUGAAGAGGAGCAGAAAGCACAGGUCUCCACAGAUGUUUCAGUGAAGGACAUCAGUGCAGCGGAUGACAGCAGGACAUUGAUGCCGCCACCAGCAGCUCCAAUCAGAAAGAGACCGAGAGAAGAGACCUGCAGCAGUACCCUCACACACACAGCUGAAGAACAGCUGAUGAUGAAGAAGAUGAAGAUCCCAGAAGAAUCUAGAAGCGGCUCCUCUGGACUGGUUCCGUACGGAGGAGACUCGUCGGAUGAGGAGGAGGAGCGCAUGCGCAGCGGGAGCAAGAGCACCGUCUGAACACUGAACUGCAGCAGCACACUUUUAUUUGAUCACAUGUUUUACUGACCGCUGUGUAACUGUUCCUAUGGAAUAAUAAAAGAAAGCAAGUCCACACA